AUGCUAUUACUGGUAUACUUUUGUAUAUCAACCACUGUGGCAUUCAACGAAUUGGUCUCAUUCACACCACCGUUCGAUCCACUCACUUUCACGGAAAAUUUCAGAACAUCCGGACCUGUAUCGGCAACGAAAAGUGGAGUCAGGCUGACACCAAACGGAAGAGGAAAAAGUGGGUUUUUUUCGACGAAAUUAAAAAUCGAGAAAACAACAUUUGAAUUGGAGAGUGAAUAUGAGGCAUUCUGCCAGUUAUCAUGUGGUGGUGGAAUUGGGUAUUGGCUCAGCGAAAAUUGGAUGGGAAGGGGCGGACUCUUUGGUGCAAACACAUCGUUCUUGGGUGUUGGAAUCUUUGUUGUAUUUCAAGAUAACAAAGAGGUGAAAAUAGCAGCAACGUACAACGGCGGCGCAGACAUCUCCACUAAGGACAAAGACAAAUUUCCCCACUGCACGAUCGGCAGAACUGAAAAUUCCAAAAAGGCGACCAUCACCAUCAAAUAUUCCCCCACCGACAAAUUCCUCCAAGUCAUCGUCACACUGAUGGACGGACAACAAAUUGACUGUGUUCGACUGAAUGAUGUCGUUUUGGAGUCGUUUUAUGCGGGAGCGUCUGCUACCAACGACCAGAAUAUGCUUACGUCUUAUCAAAUCAACACGUUCAAAUUUGAGGAUCUUGACUUCAAAGCAAUGCAUCAACAACCACCAACAGCAAAGAACAUGGACCCAACGGAAGUCCCCCAAACCGAACCACAAGUGGUUCCAACCCCACAAAUAGUCGAAAGUGAAGUGGUUACAGAGGACCCUGUCGUCGAUGAAAAGGACGAAAAAAAGCUUCCGGAGAGAUUCGAAGAGAAGAAAGAUGGACUUAAUACUUUAGAGCAAGACGAAGAGACCAUUCAAGUUAACACUGAAACUGCAGAGUCGAAUGUUAGGAGUGAAAUUGGACUUUUGAGACAAGAAGAAAAGCAGUUGAUGAAAGAGUACGAAGGUAUGAAUGUUCAAGACGACGAAUUUGCAAUACUCAUUGGUGACGAAGUGUAUCAAGGCAAUGACGAGACGGAGAAGCAGCGUUUUGAGCAAUUGCAAAAUUGGCAGAAGCGGAAGGAAGCGUUGGACGAGAAGAUCAAAAGCUAUAAAGCCAAAGAGAAGUUGAAUCAACAACAACUCAAAGAAGAAGACAAGAAGAAGAGAGUACAAGAAGAGGAAGAGCGUCGCAAACAACUUGCGGAGGAAGAAGAGCGACAACGCGUUGAUAAACUUCGCAAAGAAAAUGAAGAGAAACAGCGACUAGAAAAUAUCAAAAACGAUUUAUUCACGAUGUAUGACAAAAUCAAGCCCGUUAAAGAUGGGAUGAGUCAAAUCUUUAAAAACAAAAAGGAAGAAGAACUUCUGAAGAUCUUUUCUGGUGUUUUAGUUGAUGAAGAUAAAAAUAGAAUCAAACAAAUUGUCGACAACCUUGACUUCGAUGAUAUGAAACUCAACUUGGGGAAGAUCAGAGCAGACCUCAAAAUUGUUAAACCAAACUUCAUUCAAGUGACACAACCAAAUCAAUUCUUGACUUGGGCUUUUAUGAUUCUGUUACUUUCUCUCGCAUCAUUCUAUGCAUUCAAACUUGCUCGAUCAACAAAGAAAGUGUUCCACUAA